CCCUUUACACAUUUUAGAACGGUGUUUGCAAGUGCUGCCAGCGCUGGUGGUAAAAUUGGAGCACAGCCAAAGUGUGUGCAAGACGAACAGGCUUAUUGUAACAACAGAAAUAUGAGUUGUCAAAGAGGGAAUGCUAGCCGAUCAAGGCCCCCAAAACAUCAAAAUCACAAAGCUUUCAAAAAUGAUAUGCACGACACUUCCCAAAAAAUAAAAUUGAUCAACAGCAUCGAGGUGGUUAAUGUGUGCGAGCGUUGUAAACAAAUAUUAGAAUGGAAGAUCAAGUACAAAAAAUAUAAGAUACUGAAAGCUCCAAUUAAAUGUAUUAAAUGCAGCCAGAAAAGUGUCAAACAUUCUUAUCACAAUAUCUGUUUACCUUGUGCUAAAGAACAUGGAAUCUGUCCAAAGUGUGGGUUGCAAAAACAAGUUAUAGAAGGGAAACCUACCAAGACAGAACAACUUAAACUAGAUGCUGAAGUUCAAGUACUUUUGAAAACAAUGUCAGAAAGAAAACGUAGAACUCUUAUACGUUAUAUGAAUCAGCAAUCAACAAAAGAAAAACAAAAUAAAAACAGAUCCCAAACCUUUCAAUUAGAUACAAACGAAAAGGAUGCAAAUGAGGAUAGCAUAGGUUCUAGAAGCGGAAUAGACUUAUUAUCAGAAUUAAAAUUGUUAGCUAUCAAAGAAGACUAUGAGAGCGAGGAAUUUGAUGAAAACAACAUCUUUAAUAAUGAAACUAAGAAUGAAGAAAAAAAUGAUAAUGAUAAUUAUACUGUGAUAAAAAAAGAUAUAAAUAAAGAGCCUUAAACUAUAGCAUUUUUUUAC